AUGCCUGACGCCCAGAGUCAACAACAGUAUCGUGCCGCAACCCAUGUACCGCUAAUCCAGUCACCGUCAUUGCGCAUUCCCCAACCCGUACUCAUGCCGCAGGACAUCCAUCCACUCCCAGACUCACUAGAGCCGUAUAUGGUCUAUCCAUUCACUCUCGAAUCCCGAACCCUGACUUCCCAUGCUCACCUACUCAACUCCCUCACCGCACUCCAAAGCACCCAUGACCAGAAACUCGCUGCCUGGGAACAAGAAAAGCAGAGAAGGAAGAGGGAGGCGCUGAGGAGGGUCGCACCGGGAUUCGAGCCUGGUGUGGGAGUGUUGGUACCUGAUAGAGCGGAGGUGAAGCCGCAUGCGAGUGAGGUGCAGGCGGCAGAAGGAGCGGUACAGGCAGGAGUGAUGGAUGAUUUUGUCGCAGGGCUAGAGAAGAUGGGGUAUGGUGCACUGGGCAAGUGAAAGAGAAUUCUCGUUCUUGCAUUCUAGUCAUUUACUGUCAUAGUUGGUGAUGGUGGACACUCUGGCGAUGUAUCAUAAAACAGGACGGUGAAGUCGAUGUCCACGCACGACGACCUACUGUAACACUAGCAGAGGACUUGAUAUUGCAUGUUGUAUAAAUACA